CUAAACUCCCACCGACCGGAGGCUGGAUGCAAUUUCAGCACAUUGCUGCCAGUUAAAUGCAGCAUUUCGAAAAUGUUUGUAUUUAGCAACAGAAAGCCAGUGACCAGCUUCUUGGCAGUCCAGGCAGGCGCUGUUUAGGGAGCUGGAAACUGACCAACAGUUCAAGGAAGGCUCCAAAGCCGAGAGAGCAGCAGCACACUUCCUUUAGGGGACUCCCUGGACUUUCCCCGCUCCCCGAUUUGUCUCUCCUGGGAGGAGCCAGCAAAAGGCACAUUGUAAAAAUAAAAACUGGACCGGAGCCAGCAAGUGUAAAAUUCUAAGUGGUGUUGGUAAGAUCGCGGCGGAUAAAGUAGAAACUCCUUCAUUCCGUGAUGUGAAAAGUCUCAGGAGAGAGCUGAAACAUUUCUAGUAGCGGUGGGUUGUUUCAUCUCUUAUUUCCUUCUCCAAAAGCCGCGAUGCAGCCCUAACUUAACAUAAAAAGGGGGGUGAACCCUUGGAUUUGAAGGAAGGAAGCCCAGUGUUUGCCAGAGAACUCACAACCUUGAUACCCUCCUUAGUUUGACCUUCAAGAGGGGAAGACUUCUGGCCCCCUUGACACCUUUCAGUCCAGCUGAAUCUAUGACUGGGGGUUCCACCCUAGCCCCGCCCUUUGCUGUCCCAUUCCAGAAAAUGGGUUCAUUUCGAAGGCCCAGGCCUCGCUUCAUGAGCUCCCCGGUGCUCAGUGACUUGCCACGUUUUCAAGCAGCACGACAGGCUUUGCAGCUUAGCUCCAACUCUGCGUGGAACAGUGUUCAAACAGCAGUGAUAAAUGUGUUCAAAGGGGGAGGCUUGCAAAACAAUGAACUUUACACCCUCAACGAAAACAUCAGACGUUUGCUGAAAAGUGAACUUGGAUCCUUCAUCACAGAUUAUUUCCAGAACCAGCUGCUUGCGAAGGGCUUGCUGUUUAUAGAGGAGAAGGUUAAGCUGUGCGAAGGUGAGGAUCGCAUUGAUAUCCUGUCUGAAAUCUGGGAUCACUUCUUCACAGAGACCCUUCCCACACUCCAGGCGAUAUUCUACCCCGUCCAGGGUCAGGAAUUGACUAUCCGCCAGAUUGCCCUGCUCGGCUUCAGAGACUUGGUCUUAUUAAAGGUGAAGUUGGAAGAGAUUCUUCCUCUAGUCCAAACAAAGCUCCCAGCUUCCAUUGUCCAGAUGCUGCUGGUUCUACAGGGAGUCCAUGAACCUACAGGCCCCAGCAAGGGCUACGUACUGCUGGAAGAGCUGGUCAAACAGGUGGUCUCUCCAUACCUGGGCUUGUGUGAGGAUCACAGCUUCCCUGGCGGCACCUGCGCACUCGAUGGUCUUUUGCUCCAGACCCUUCCUUUUCUGAACUGGCAGGGAAAAAGAAGAAGGGAAAACUUGUGUUUGUGUUACACAGUCUUGACAGCAAAGCAGAACUCUUCCCCAGAUAAUCUUGGCAUUUCAAAAGCACACGCACAUUUUGCAAAACCCUCUCCCUAGUCUGCAGGCUCCUCUCUCUCUGGUUCUGAAAGAGCCAAGAGGUAGCAAUCUGGGAUCUCAAUGUGCAGCAUAACAGCUGUGAAAUCCAGAGGGGUCCAUGUGAUUACAUAGCACUGUAGUAGCCUCUGCAGAAUGAUUAGUUGGACUCUGGAUAACAGAAUCCAAGGACUGAAUAAAAGGGCUGUUGAACCUGAAUUAACCUCUCCUCCCUAGAGCUGGAUCCUUCAGGUCAGGAUUAGGGAAUAAAGCUUGGUUUGUUUUGUUUUUUUGAGAUCAGGAAGUUUGCACUGGCCAGGCCCUGCUGUAGGUAAAGAAAGGACUUCAGCCUCCAGGGUUGUCAAUCUGCCUACCUUCAAUUCACAUUAAACUUGAUUUUAAAAUGGGCAGGGAAUGCAGCCGGAACCAAAAUGAAAGGGGAUGAUGGAGACUGGGGAUAUUAGUAGGAGUAGCACCAAAAGCAGCAAUUUACAAAGAUAAAAUGUGGCACUGGCAGGGAAGGCAGGAUCUGAGAGCCUGAGCAUAGGGAGGCUGGAUUCAGCCCUUGAGAACUCAUUUUACUUCUGUCCUGUCAUACAAGCAGCCUGUCACUGUGAAUGAGGUUGGAUCUUGGCAACGUGACACUGUUAGAGAUUAGCCUCCCCUAUUCUUUCAAGUUCUCUUUCGCUGCUCUUGCCUUACCCCCUUCCUGUUUGUAGUUCUGUCCCGUAUAACUUACCACAGCUGCCCCAGAAAACAAGUGUUUGCAUUAUAAAUGGGGAAGAAGGUGGAACUGCGUGACUGACCCAACAUGCAGAGGCUGUUUGGCAGGAAUGUCAGUGCUCAUCUGGGUAUGUAUCCAAAGAUUCCCUCCAAAAACCUCCCAUUCAAGUUCCUAUUUCACUCCUAACAAAUCAAACGUGAACUAAAAUCCCAGCUCAGCUAUUCAUGAGAAUUUCCUCAGAGCAGAAUCUUGUGUGGCUUCUGGGAGGAUGUGAGAUAUGGCCUUGUUUCUGGUUUGAAUCAUCUCCUAUAAACCCAUGAGUAAUGCUGUCCAUACCCACAGCCAGCGCUCCCUUCACCUUCUGCACAGCGAGUUGGCUGCACUGGGAUUGAGCCCAAACUCAUCCUGGCUUUCAGCCCUUGGCUCUAAGCUAGGGUGACUGAGUUUUGGAAAUGGAAAACCAGAACACCUUUUUCUCCAGAGUCCUGCCCUGCAGGAAAGUUUUGAAGAUCAGAAAGGAAUAGAGUGAGGUCUCUGGUGUUGCAUGUGUCAGAACUCUGCUUCGCACUCCAGAGCACCUUCUGGUACUCUCUUCGAGGGGCCAGGAAGGAAUUUUCUUCUCUCCUACUCCUCUGCAUGACAGCCAUACACAACUGUCUAGGUACAUUGCAACUGGGAUUGGCUGGUUGUUAUGGAUUUGAUGCAAUGGCAUGCUGCAUAGUGAGCAAUGCGCAGAGCUUAGGAGAGAACAAAGCAAAAUGGGCUGAAGCACAUUUGCCACCGUUGGUGGCAACAUUAGACUUGCUGGACUCUUGGUCUAAUCAGGUUUAACAAAUUCUGGUGCCAGCCAUGCUAAUUGCUCAAUCUGGCCAAGAGGAGAUGAGCUUUGGUUCAACUGAGGGCCACUAAACUCCCUGCCCUCUGUCUAUUUUUAGCACCUCUCCACACAUCAUCUGCCCAGGUGAAUCCAUUGAUCUCUCUUCUUCUGAUAGCUGUAAUUUGAGGCUAUUCAUUUCCAGGUACAGACAGGGCAAAGAAUUAUUCUAGCUUCUUUCAUAGUAGUGCAGAGUCAGUUCCUUUCCACUACAUGUUACGGUGUGAUCCCUUCUGGAGUAUAUAUGUGUUCCCCAUUACAUUAGUAUCUAAGCCCACCACAAUCUUUAAUAUAUUUAUUUAUCUCACAACACCCCUGUGUGGUAGAGAAGAGCUGUUAUCCCCCAUUUCACAGACAGGGAACUGAGGCCUAAAUCCUCCUUUAGGUGCCACUGACACUUUCAAAACUUCCACCUUAACCCUGCCGACUGACCCUUUAGGUGCCUACAUUUCUGUCAGUGGACAUUCCCAAAGCUGCUUAUGCCCCAGUUCCAUGCCACAGCUAACAAGCUGCUCAGAGCCCCGGGUGCCCCAAAGCAGGAUUCUCAAACUAGGCAGGAGAAUACCUGUCUCACCAGAGAGGCCUGACCUGAGCACAGACCUGAUUCCUGAUAGAUGGGCUGAAGCAUGAUACUGUCAGAAAAGACAGCUGGGGCACAGGGAGACCUAAGGUAAAUGUAAGAGAAGUGUGCUGGGAGCCCCAGGGUGCAGCCUGGGAUUGUGGGGUCACUGUGACCCCUUAAGUCUCCACCCUGGGCUGUCUCUCACAAUGCUUUGCUAGUGACAAGCAGCAAUCCCCUCCAGGCACUGUUAUCACUCAGCACAACCGCAUGUGGAGCCCCCCGUCCAGCUAGAAUUGCAUGAAUGCUUCCAGAGCUGCUCAUGAAUCACACAGAGAAAGGCGCCAGCCAAAUCCCCCUAACUCCCAGCCUUGUACCUCAGGAAUAUACCAUCGUGCACUGCUCACGAUGAGCAGUGCAAGUUUAUUAAUGAGUUCUCCACUUCAUCAAUGGAAAGUGGAUAUACACCAGCCUUUGUAAACCUGAGCAGAUUUACCACACACUUCAGGCAAACUCACUGGGUAAAGAUAAAUAGUAAAACAAGUUUAUUGGCUACAAAAGGUAGACUUAAAGUGAUUAUAAGUGAGAGGCAAAAAGUCAGAAUUAGUUACCAAAGAAAACAAAAUACGCGCACAAUCUAAAUUUUAAACCUGUAAGACACUAAGCAGUAUUUAGAUCAAGCAGUUUUCUCACCCCACUGGAUGUUACAGUUCAUAAUACCCAGGUUUCACCCUUGAAACCUGGGCCAGUCUCCUCUGUUGGAGGCUUCAGUCUUCUGAGUGUCCUUGUUGCUUGCAGCAUAGGUGAGGGAGGAGGAAAGGCAAAGCCUGGGGCCACGCUGUUCUGUUUUAUACCCUUAGUCCAUGUGCUUGGAGAGCAUAAGUCCAGGCAUGUCUGGUAAGUAUUGCUGAUUCACCAGGCAAGGUUAAGCAAUUCCCCUGGUGUGCCUUGUGCAAGUGUGUCAUUGCAUUGUAGCUCCCUUGCUGGACAAUGGCUGUUGAUAGUUGUUUGACAUCUGCCCGGGUAUUGGUUAUGCCCCUCGUUAUUGUCUUUGGGGAGCUAGAAUCUGGGGGCUUCCCAAACCCACUGCAUAUUUUAGUGACAACCAUCCAACACAGUCUCAUAAGUUCAUAUGCACUGAUGAUAUACAUAUUUAGCUGGAACAGUGGGUUUUAGCAGAUCAGAACCUUUCCCAUGAUACUUUACAAGGCAUGCUUUAUAUGCAAUAUCACAAUGAUAUACUAAUAAUGAAUACAGGGGGUACGCUGCGAGUGUCACAAGAGGUAUCAAGCAUGAGCAGGCGAGAGAGGGUUUCAGUUGCUCAGAUUCUAAGCUGCCUUGGGUGCCUCCUCCCAGGAGAGAGUUCACAGCUGAGGAUCCUGCACAGAGAGAGGCCCCUCUCUUUUGACCUGGCACAUCAGGACAAACACUUAGUUGUCUAAACCCUGCCUUCUCCCCAGGAUUUCCCUGCUGUAUGAGUUUAUGUGGCGCCCUAUUCAGUUUGCUGGCUUCUGAGGAGCCCUUUCUCUAGCAGGACUUAGAUGCACUAAAUAAGGGGGAAGAGUUGGGCUAAGUGCCUGCUGAGGAUUCCACAAAGCAGCAGGCCAGAUAGCCAUUAGGGGUUGCAAUGCCAAAGUAACCUUUCAGGAUUUGUCCUGAGAGACUUUAGGCUCCUAACAUCCAUUGAAAUCAAUGAUCAUCUUUCAGUGAAAGUUAGGAGCCUAAAUACCUUUGCAGAUCUGGGUCUAACUGACUGGCCCAAGAUCACAUGGAACUGAACCUGGGUCUUCCAAGUCCUAGUCUAGGGCCCUAACUACUGGACCAUCUUUCCUCCCUUAAGCUCAGCUAAGAUCUUCAUUGCCUCUAUACUUCUUCUGAAUGGGCUCUUGCCCCUUCAUCUGGCUCCAGUUGGUGUAACUAUCUGCUCUGUUGCAUUUGGGUUGGAGAGAUCUCCUCAGGCCUUGCUUGCCAGCUUCACAGAGGUUUUCUAGUUGCCUUUGUUGCUUUCAUUUCAAGCUGGCAGCUGGAAGGGAUAAUUGAAAGUAUGGAAUCCAGAGCUCUAAACAAAUGAGAGACAUGUGAAGCCACUGCAAAAUCUAAUUUAGAAAAGUGGGGUCAUAUGCUGGCCCAGUAGAAUGCUGCCAUUCAGCUCUCUCCUUACCCCAGCUAACUGCAAUAAAUAACCUACAGCAGGGGUAAGCAACUUAUGGCACACAUGCCGAAGGCGGCACGCGAGCUGGUUUUCAGUGGCACUCACACUGCCCGGGUCCUGGCCACCAGUCCGGGGGGCUCUGCCUUUUAAUUUAAUUUUAAAUGAAGCUUCUUAA